AUGGCCGCUCCACGGCGGUCCGUCAAAACUGGCAAAGACUGCACGGUGUAUGCCAACCUCUCAGUUGAGGAGUGCCGGGUGCGCGCCAUUGCGGAGAUUGUGAACGGCCUGAUAGCGUGCAGCCGCGAGAAGGAGGACGUGAACCUGAACGUGCUCAAAGCGGAGAAGUCGCGCAAGUAUGGACUCACCAAGAGCCCGAAGCUGGUGGAAAUCAUCGCCGCCGUCCCCGAGGAGCACCGCGCCGACCUCAUCCCGCGCCUGCGCGCCAAGCCCAUUCGCACCGCGUCCGGCAUUGCUGUGGUGGCCAUCAUGUCCAAGCCGCACCGCUGCCCCCACAUCGCCACCACCGGCAACAUCUGUCCCAACAGCAUGCGGGCUAUCCGCGCAAGGUAUAACCCAUAUGUUCAGUCGCGGGGCCACGUGGACCAGCUGCGGCGGCUGGGCCACAGUGUGGACAAGGUGGAGUUCAUCCUCCUUUGUGCCCCCAGGUCGGUACCCCGUUUUGUGCUGAACCCGAUCAAGAUGCUCUCCGACAGAUUCGCUGGGGCCACGCUGUCUGAGAAUCCCAACCGUCCCUCUCGCCCAACUCGCAGCAUUUUGAAGAGCCGGCGUCAUCCAAAAUUGGGACAUAAACGUUCCUUCCAGCUGAGACCAAACGACAAGCAGGCCAAGGCCGGCAAGUACGUCAAGAAAGGUGAAAGUUAA